AUAUUCCUUCUCUGUGUUUUGUCCGUUCUCAGGUACAAGUGAUCCUUACGUGAAGUUUAAACUGGAUGGGAAGACACUAUACAAGAGUAAAGUGGUUUAUAAGAACCUCAACCCAACAUGGAACGAGUCCUUCUCUUUCCCUGUCAGAGACCUGGACCAGAGACUGUAUAUUAAGGUGUAUGACCGGGAUCUGACCAUGGAUGACUUCAUGGGAUCCAGCUACCUUCUCCUCAGUGAUCUGGAGAUGGAAAAGAGUUGUGAGCUGUCCGUGCGUCUGGACGACCCCAACAGUCUGGAGGAGGACAUGGGAGUCAUCAUGCUGGACAUGUCUCUCUCUCUUAGGGAUAGAGAGAACGAGAGGAACUCUAGGUGGCCUAAGAGGAAGAGGAGUAUCAGGUCUCCGCUGGCCCAGAGUGGUCGUCUGUCAGAGUCUCUGAGGAAGUCUCAGCUGUGGUCAGGUGUAGUGGGGGUGACCCUGGUCGAGGGACAGGACCUGCCAGAGGACGGACCUGGAGAGCUGUUUGUUCGAUUCAGACUGGGGGAGCAGAGAUACAAGAGCAGGAACCAGCCCAAGAAGGCCAACCCCCAGUGGAGGGAGAGGUUUGACUUCAACCGGUUCCCGGAGGGUCCUGGGGUCCUGGAGAUAGAGGUCUGGAACAAAGAGGGACGCAAAUAUGAGGAGUGUUACGGCAUGUGUGAGGUGGACCUGUCCAGUGUUCUACCCAACCAGUCUCAGCUGUUCACGCGGGUUCUGAAAGAGGGAAAAGGUCGUGUGGUCUUCCUGAUCACUCUGAGCACGUGCAGUGGCGUCUCCAUCUCCGACAUGUGUGCCCCGCCCCUCGAGGAGCCUCAGGAGAGAGAGAGAACUCUGGAGAAAUACAGUUUCAAAAGUUCCUUCAGGAACCUCCGGGAUGUUGGUUUCCUUCAAGUUAAGAUUAUCAAGGCUACUGAUCUGUUGGCAGCUGAUUUAAAUGGGAAGAGUGAUCCGUUCUGUGUGUUGGAGUUGGGGAACGACAGACUGCAGACUCACACCAUCUAUAAAACCCUCAACCCCAACUGGAACAAAGUCUUCACCUUCCCAGUAAAAGACAUCCAUGAUAUUCUGGAGCUGACCAUCUUUGAUGAGGAUGGAGACAAAGCACCUGACUUCCUAGGCAAAGUGGCCAUUCCUCUACUUUCUAUCCACAAUGGUCAACCGAUCUGCUGUCCCUUGAAGAAAGAGGAUCUGGGGGGUCUGUCUAAAGGAAGCAUCUCCCUAGAGCUGGAGCUCGUCUUUAACCCAGUCAGAGCAGCUAUCAGAACAUUUAAACCAAAGGAGAAGAAAUUCAUGGAAGACAAUCCAAAGUUUUCUAAAAGGUUUAUGUUGGCGCGUAACGUGUCCCGCGUGCGUACCCUUUACAGAGCAGUGCAGUCCACAUUCCAGUACAUCAACAGCUGUUUCCAGUGGGAGAGUUUCCAGAGGAGUCUCAUAGCCUUCCUGAUAUUCCUGCUGGCGGUGUGGCAUUGGGAGUUCUACAUGUUGCCUCUCUGUCUGGUUCUGCUCAUCACAUGGAACUAUCUUCAGAUUGCAUCUGGACGGGCCAACCAGGACCUG